AUGAGCAACCCGAGCAUCCGGACUCCAGGGGUCGAGAAUGCCGUCAUCACGAAGAACAACACGCCUUUGGGAAGCGAGAUUGUCACCUUAAACAACUACAGCGUGCGGGUGACGCUGGAUAUCUUCAAAAUGCUUGCGAAGAGUAAAAACGAUCUUCAAAAAGUACGAAAGAAUCAUCUGUUCAUUCUACGAAUCCCUUCUCCCGGAAGAUGUGCCGUGGUUGGCAGCGGAGGCAUCCUGAAGGACAGCGGCUGCGGAGAAACCAUUGACUCGAAAGACUUUGGGAUAAGGUCCAAUCUACCGCCACUGAACGGCAUCUACUCCAAAGACGUGGGCGUCAGGACAGACUUGGUCACGACCAACCCCAGCAUCUUCUCAGAAAGGUACGAGUCUCUGUCAGGCUUGGGACCACAGCAGAAAUUUGUGGAAGCAGUCAAGAGCUACGGGAAUGCCCAGAUGCUCAUGCAAACCUUCCUCGACGAGCACUACACACAACACUCUAUAAAGGCGGUUCACACACUGGAAGACUUCAACAGCUCCAUUCGUACCCUCGCCCUCAACCCAAACUACAUACGCGAUGUGUACAAGUUCUGGACCAACAAAGACCGCCCAGGCUAUAGGCUCUCCACAGGCUUAAUGGUAGCCACCCUGGCUCUGGACCUGUGCUCCAAAGUUCACCUGUACAGCUUCUGGCCCUUUGACAAACACCCGCAUGGAGGUCACAUGCUCACCCAACACUACUACGAUGACCGCAAGCCCGAUAAAGUCCACAACAUGCCCGUAGAAUUUGACGAACUCUCCAAACUGGAUAAGCAGGGCAUACUCAAGCUUCACCUUGGGGUUUGUCCAGUCAAGGAAAGUUAA